CUUCAUUUAGAAAGUGAAAUGAUGAGGAAUUAUAACAAAUAUAGCAAGAUCUUCUUCUUUUUUUUUAACAAAUAUAUGAAACAAUAAACUCAAUUUUUUUUCAUAUUGUAAUUCAAACAUUGUUUAAAUCGAGUAUCAUUCCAAUUAGCAAAAAAGAAAAAGCUCUACAUUUUUCAAUUAUAUAUUAUUGCAAAUAACACGAUUCAAAUAUAAUCAUCAUGAAUUAAUUUCCUACACAUUUGGGUGACAUGAAUGCAUGCACACCAUGCAACCGCAGGAGUGAGCAAAGACGGCGUUGUACGGCACUUCUUCCACCGUCCCUCCAAAGCCUACACCACCGGCACCCGAAAGCGGCGCAAGGUCCACUCCGACGACCCGGGAGGCGGCGGGGCCAGCAGCGGCGGCGGCGGCGGCGGGGAGACACGGUGGCACAAGACCGGGAAAACAAGGGCGGUGCAAGUCGGAGGGAAGACGAAAGGUUACAAGAAGAUACUCGUCCUCUACACAAACUACGGCAAGCAAAAGAAGCCCGAGAAGACCAACUGGGUGAUGCACCAAUACCACCUCGGCUCCAGCCAAGAAGAGAACGACGGCGAGCUCGUCGUCUCCAAGGUCUUCUACCAGACCCAACCCCGACAGUGCUCCUCCGCAGCCACCAGCAUUAACAAUCCGCCGACAGCGGCGGCGGCGGGCUCGAGACUGAAAGGGCCGCCGCCGUUCUUGAUGAUGACGACGACGACUCACCACCACCACCAGCACCAUAGAAGUGUUGUUAACGGCGUUGACAACAAUCUCACGGAGUAUUACGGCGCUCACCAUCCUUCUAGCACUUCUGCCGCGGCGGCCGGAUAUAUAACGUUUGAUCAAGGUGGCAGCAGAUCGUCACCGUCACCGGCAGCAGCUGCUCCUUCUCAGCAGCAAUUGAUGAAUAAUCCUCAUUUCAACGUCCAUGAUCAUACUUCCUCUAACUAUGAUAUUCCUUGAUAACUUGGAAUGGUGAAGGCAUGCAUGCAACUACGUACGUGGAGGAUGGUAGAACAAUAACUAAUGGGGAUUAAGUUUCUCUCUAAUAUAUUAUAUUUGGGACUUCAAUACGUCGAUUAGGUUAAUAAUUUGUCUAGUGGUGAAUAUAAUUAGUGCCUAGUGAUGAAGAAGAAGAAGAAGAAGAAGAAGAAGAAGAAGAAGAAAAAAAAAAGGACCAUCAUAAUUCAACGUGGGGUGAUGAUUUCUGGAGGACAGAGGAGACAAUUAUAUCUAUUCCACAGCUGGCUAGCUAACUUUGGAAUUGUACAAAAAAGAUGAUUCUUAUUAAUGGGUCAAGGAUAUUCUAUCCGACCAGCUGUUUUGGCUUAUUAGUUGCUCUUUAUUGUGCUUUAGUUAGGGCUUUGAUAUUGUAGUGACUAAUGAGCACAAUAAUUGUACAAGAAUAAAAUCUGUUGUUUUGUUGAUUGUUGCUUCAUUGUCACACCCCCAACUUUAUUACCAUGUGUUGUUGCAAUAUGCAUUGGGCUAACUGUGCCUUUUUCUCUCUUUCUUACUUUUAUUCAUAUUCGGUUUUUUUUUUUCCUUUCCAAUUAAUUUCGUGUUGAACU